AUGAGUGACAGAAAUGGAAGCAUUCCAAAACUUGAAUUGAAGUUGAACCUAUCCCCACCAAGGGUAGUUAGCCAUAGACCUGAGUCACCAACUCUAUCAACAACAAUGUCACCAGCAUCACCACCACCAAGCUUAUGCGUAUCUGUUGAGGUUAGCCAAGAGGAGGAGGACAACAACAACAACAACCUUGAACACCCCAACAAUCCUGAAGCCAUUUCCUUGGUGCUUGUAGGUUGCCCUCGCUGCCAUAUGUAUGUAAUGGUUGCUGAGGAUAACCUCAGGUGCCUCAAAUGCGGAAGCACUACUUUGCUUGAAUUUGACCAUGACAACAACAACAACAAUCUCAUCAUAAGGAAGUGA